GUUUACUUUUUGUUAUCCAAAUAAAACUACACAAUUUGUUUGAAGAAUAAUGUGGAAAGAAUUACAAAACUCUCCAGCUUAUUUCUUAUUAUUAGAUAGAGAGCAAAGAUAUCACAUUGUUAUCACAGACUACAUUACAAUUUGGGAAGUUUAUUACACUGAAGAUGAAUUGAUUAAUCGACUUAUGGAGAGUAAUAUUGGUUUAGAAAUGGAUAAAAGUGAACUCUUAGACAAAGGAUAUAAAAUGCUUCAAAAGCCAUCUGAACUUAAGAAAAUUAAAGUUACUGUUGAUGGACAAAAACUUUCAGUUUCUAUGACAAUGUUAGGGUUCCCUUUGAAACUCAGUAUUAGUUUGGAAGAAGGAUCCAGAGAAUUGUUUUUUCAAAAAAUUACUCAGCCAGCUAUGAAAAUUAUACAAGAUUUGAGAAGUAGCCAGCUAGAGUUACGUAAGAUGCUUAUCACAAAAGAUGAUGAGAUUGAGGAAUAUAAGUCCUUCGGAGGCAAAAUUAGAUAUACUGCAAUAGCACCAUUCAACGAAAAUGCUCAUAUGGAAAAACAUUGCAUGUACAGUGUGAACUUUGGUGAUGCUGAAUUACCACUUAGUAUAUUGGAUAGAAAAGUUGACGUUCAUCAUGAGAAUCCAAAAAUCAAACAAGAAACGAUUGAAACCCAAGUAUCCGUAAAGUUGGAGCCUGUGUCACAACAAACGAACGCCCCAAACCUAGCUAAUCUUACAAACAUUGUUAAAAAAGAGAUUAUUAAAACUGAAUUGCUUCCUGCCAGGAAGAGGAAACUAAACCUUUGACGUUAAAAUUUCUAUUCUACAAUAUUUAUGACUUAGAUAAUUCCAAUAGUUAUUUUAGAUCUCCACCAUCAACAGUAUGAGAAUCAUAUGUCAGUUUAAUUAAAGUUUUAGUGGUGGUCUUAACAGACAAGUCUUAAAGUAGUGCUAUCCUUUUUGCAAUGUUCCCUUUCGAAAAGGAUCUUCUUUAGAUCUGUCAUUUUAUUCCAAAUUCUAUCUCUAUAAUAUAGACAUACAAUUUGGAUGACAAAUUAUUUUUUUAGAAUAUUGCUUGGAACAUUGGAGUGAAAUUCUGUUCUUAUGUAGUAAAAUAUAAGAUUUUUAGAAUCCUGAAAUUGUGUAGAACCCGCAAACUUUUAUCAUACUACUUUUACUUUAUAUAAGUUUUUUCCAAUAUCUAACCUUAUAAUAGACUUGUUAGGUAAAUAUUAGGAUAGUUUGAAAUGAAUUAUGGAAAGGUCUAACCCACGAAUUUCUAUAGGGAUGGUUUUUCAGUCGCAAUACUUAUAUUCUAAUCGGUUAUAUAUUUAACGCGAUGAUCGGUGGUGGAUAUGGUUAGAGCUUUACCUCCCUCUAGGGGGGACCGAGUUCAUUAACCGGCACGGUCUUUUCGGAGGUGAAGGAUAAAAUUGUGAGAAAACCUGCAUGCCUAAGAGUAUUUUAUUAGGUUCUCAAUUAUUUAUUAUAUUCCCACUCAUAUUGUGGGCAGGUUUCCUACAAAUUAACGUUAAAACGUCCAAUUUUAUCCCAAGAUAAUUGGAGAUUGAAAAACCAACCCUAAAUAAAUAAAACACGAAUAAAAAUAAUUUAUUAUAAAUUUUUAUUUAUUACACAUCAAACUAAUCCAGUUGUGUCUUUGAGUAAACUUACGGAGAGUAAACUUAAUUUUAGGCGUUGGAGCAACAUUUUUUUAUUUUAGAACAAGGCUUCUCUUAUAAUUUAUAAUAAGUGACAAGUAUUUUUACAGCCCAUCUAUGAAUUUAAAUUCUUUAGAAGAUGCUUAAUAAUUUAAAGACAAUAGGGUACUGCAUAUAAUGAACAUAAAUUGAAUUGUUCCCAUUUCUUCUUUGAAAAAUGACG